AUGCGUCUCCCUGAUUCUCUCCCGACUUGCACAGAUUUUACCAUUUCCUCCGGCCUAGCCAUCCUGUGCCGAUGUCCGCGAUUGCUCAUCCGGCUCGGUAUCUCCUCGCCUCAAGCAUCCGCCUUGACGACGCUGGUUGUUGAGCAUCUUAAUGCCAAAUUGGGCACGAUCUCGAACAUGCUCCUCGCCAAUCGAGCCAUCACUACUCUGGCUGUUCUAGACUCGGUAUUAAGGAUGAUGUGUGACUGA